AUGGAUUCUAACACUGCGGGCUUUCUGGAUAUCAGCAGAACCUCAGGGGACCAGUCAUCUCAGAAUGCACAAACCGCAAAUGGGACCUUGAUGCAGGAGUUACUUGGUGGCAUUAAUGGCUCUCCUGCAGCUGGAGUCGGAGAUGGUAUCCAUGGCUUUCCUGUCAAUACAAACAAUGUUAAUACCGGAGCAUAUCAGCCGUUCAUGUCAAGUCUCAAUCAUGGCAAUGCGACUGCCCAGAUGCCGUUUUCACCUAGCACCUACUAUUCUGUAUAUGGUAUGGGAAAUGCCAUGCCUAGCGUCAUGUUGCCACAUGCAUCACCUAAUACGAUGGGAAUUCCAACGGUCAAUCCCAUGGUCGCAACAAGUUUCCCACCCAACAUGCCAACAUCCAUCAAACCAACCAGCCCAGCUACUACAUCUGCAACUGAUUCGCAUGACUGGGCACUUAUCUUUAAGGAUCCAGCUGUCUCCACUUUGCUUUGGGAAAUGAUUAAAGAGGGCAUCCAGGAUGAGCUGGGAAAGAUCAAAACCAGUGGUGGAAUGGCAACAUCCGCACGGAAGCAGCGAGACAGGGACAUGGAGGAGGAGGUACAGACCACUAUGCUUGGCCUUCUGGGAAUUACGAAAAAUGGCCGACAGGCAUUUACACUUCCGGAUCCUCUUCCCAUGGAUGCACCAUGCCAAGUUGACAAGCAUGGCAAGGUAUCACACAAUCCAGACUGGACAGCGAAGGUCCAGGCACCUGUUAACAUUGAGUUUCGGGCCAUCGCCACACAACUGAUCAUGCAAAACAAGAAAUUACCUGACGAGGCCAAGCCGGAUAUUGAAAACCAUAUGUGUGGCUAUUUUGAACGUCUUAAGGAAGUGUAUGCACAACAAACCAAUGAUGAUGCACGAAGCAAGGGAAGCAAUAGAACAACCAACACCAGGUGCUGCAAGUGGAAGAAAGGAAAGGCAACCACACUGCGAGAGGCCAUACCAAAGCUGAAGGAGAAGUACGGUUCAGCAGUGGAUGGAAUUGAGCAUGCUGUUCUCACAGACUAUUUGUCUGAGGAAUUGACUGACACGGAAAGCUCUUGGUGGAAUAAGCAUAUGACAUUGCGAAGACUCUCCACUGAAGAUGGAGGUUCGCACGUGCAUACACGUAUUUUCAAUGAUCAGGAUGAGGACAUUGAUAUCCAGCCACCAAACUUCACAUAUAAGGCAUGGGUUAGUAAGUCGUGGUUUCAGUGUGAUAGACGUGAGAUCAUCCUCAAGGACAACACUGAGGAUAUGCCAAUCCUGUCCUUCCAUGUUCCCGAUGAUGAUUUAGAUGGGGAAGACAUUGAAUGUUUCGCAGAUGAUGAAGCAGAUGAUAUAGAUUAG